UGGGGGCUCCUUCUGCGCAAGUGCACAUCCAGCCUUGGCCUCUUUUCCGCCCGCCUUCUGUGGUUGAAAAAGGACACGAACUCGGCUCCUUUGGGUAUCUGCGGGAGCAGAGCCUUUGCGCUGGGGGUGAGAGCACUGGGGACACGGCUCCGGGAGGCCUGGGGCCCUGCCAGAUCCGCUGAACCUUUUCAUUUCUUCACAUUCUUCAAGGAGCUGCAGAAAAUGAACAUAGUGCAGGGAUCCAUGUCAUUCGAAGAUGUGAUUGUUGAAUUUACCCAGGAUGAAUGGCAGUACAUGAGUCCUGCUCAAAGGAUCCUGUACCGAGAUGUGAUGCUAGAGAACUACAGCCACCUCAUUUCAGUGGGGUAUUGCACCACCAAACCUGAGAUGAUCUUCAAGUUGGAGCAAGGAGAAGAGCCCUGGUCCUUAGAGGAAGAAUUCCUAAACCAGAGGUACCCAGGAUAUUUCAGUGUUGAUAUUCUCAUUGAGGGAAACCAGGAAAAACAAGCGAAACCUCUGUGGCAAGUAAUAUUCACUGAUAACAAAACACUGAGUAAAGAAGGGCAGAAAGUUUUAGAAAAACCAUUUACUCUGGAUAAAAUUCCAAAUUCUUUUGGAAAAAUGCCCUGUAAAUGUGACUCAUGUAGAAUGAAUUUGCCAGUUGUUUCUGAAUUAAUUAUUUGUGAUAGAAACUAUUCAAGAAAGAAGGCUGAUUACAUGAAUGUAUGCAAAAAGUUGCAGCUUGAUAUUAAACAUGAGAAAACUCAUACUACUGGAGAGAAAUCUUAUGGUUAUAAUAAAAACAUGAAACCUCUCAAUAAUAGGAAAGAGCAUCAGAAACUUCAAAGCCUGGAGCAGUCUUUUGAAUGUAAUGAAUUUAGGAAAGUUUUACAUGAUAAGACUCACUGUGUUAUAGGAGAGGAAUCCUAUAAGGAUGAUGAAUUUAGGAAAAACUGUGAUAAAGCAACUUUAUUUAACUAUGUGAGAACUGGCACAAGAGAGAAAUGCUUUGAUCUUAAUGAAUGUGGGAAAUCCUGUGACAAAACCACCACUGUGAAAUAUGAUAAAGUUCACAUGGCUAUGACAAACUCUGAAUAUAAUGAAAAUGGGAAUAACUUCAGCAGGCUCUUACCUCUCACUCAGUCUCAGAGAACUGUUAAAGAACAGGGUGCUUUUGCAAGCAAUAAAUGUGAAGAAAAGUUGAGCCAGAGCUCAACCCAUAUAAUACAAAAAAAGACACAAAUUAGAGAUGAAUUUUGUGCAUAUAAUGGAUGUAUAAAUGCCUUCUACCAGAAAUUAGACCUUAUAGUAUGUCAGAGAAGUCACACAGAAGAGGAACUCUACCAGUGUGAUAAAUAUGGGAGGUCCUUCCAUCAAAACUCAGCCCUCAGUGUACAUCAUCAGCAAAGUGAAACUGGAGAGAAGUCAUUUGAAUGUAAUGAGUGCAGGAAAUCCUUUUACCAGAAAGGACAACUCAUUCAUCAUCUGAGGACCCACUCAGAGGAGAAACCUGAGGAAUGUGAGGAAUGCGGGGAAUCUUUUUGUUCAAGUUCACACCCUAUUCAUUAUCCUGGAACUGAUAUGAGGGUCAGUCUCUGUGAAUGUAAUAAAUAUGGGAAAACUUUCUGUCAAAAAUCAAACAUCCAUGAAAAUCUGACAAUUCACACAAAGGAUUAUGAUAACAGUGGAUGUGGGAAAUCUUACAGGAAGUCUGCGCUCACAGUACACCAGAGAACACACACAGGAAUGAAACUCUAUCAAAGUAACAUAUAUGGGAAAACAUUCUCCAAGAUGGGACAUCUCAAAGAACAUCAGAGAAUUCACACAGGGGAGAAAUCCUACAAAUGUAUUGAAUGUGGGAAAACUUUCUCUAAGACGUCACAUCUCAGAGCACAUCAGAGAAUUCACACAGGCGAAAAACCCUACAAAUGUACUGAAUGUGGGAAAACUUUCUCUCACAAGACACACCUUAGUGCACAUCAGAGAGUCCAUACUGGCGAGAAACCCUAUGAAUGUAACAGAUGUGGGAAAACUUUUGCUGAUAAUUCAACCCUCAGGGCACAUCAGAGAAUUCACACAGGGGAGAAACCUUAUGAAUGUAAUGAAUGUGGGAGGUCCUUUGCCCAUAUAUCUGUUCUCCGAGCACAUCAGAGAAUUCAUACAGGUGAGAAACCCUAUGAAUGUAAUGACUGUGGGAGAUCUUUUGCCCAUAAUUCAGCCCUUAGAGCACAUCAGAGAAUUCACACAGGGGAGAAACCCUAUGAGUGUAGUGACUGUGAAAAAACCUUUGCCCAUAAUUCAGCUCUCAGAGUACAUCAGAGAAUUCAUACAGGGGAGAAACCAUAUGAAUGUAAUGAAUGUAUGAAAACAUUUGCCCAUAAUUCAGCUCUCAGAGCACAUCAGAAAAUUCAUACAGGGGAGAAACUCUAUGAAUGUAACGAAUGUAGGAAAACUUUUUCACAGAAGACACAUCUCAGUACACAUCAGAGAAUUCACACAGGGGAGAAACCUUAUGAAUGUAGCGAGUGUGGGAAAACCUUCUCUCAGAAAUCAUACCUCAGUGGACAUGAGAGAAUUCACAAAGGGGAAAAACCUUAUAAAUGUAAUGAAUGUGGGAAAACGUUUGUCUAUAAGGCAGCCCUCAUAGUCCAUCAAAGAAUUCACACAGGUGAGAAACCCUAUGAGUGUAGUGAAUGUGGGAAAACUUUCUCCCAAAGAACACACCUCUGUGCACAUCAGAGAAUCCACACAGGGGAGAAACCUUAUGAAUGCAAGGAAUGUGGGAAAACUUUUGCUGAUAAUUCAGCCCUCAGGGCACAUCAGAGAAUUCACACAGGGGAGAAACCCUAUGAGUGUAAUGAAUGUGGGAAAACUUUCUCCAAGACAUCACACCUCCGGGCACAUCUGAGGACUCAAACAGGGGAGAAACCCUAUGAAUGUAAUGAAUGUGGGAAAACUUUCUCCCAGAAGUCGUAUGUUAUUGCACAUAAGAGAAUUCAUACAGGGGAGAAACCCUAUGAAUGUAAUAUAUGUGGGAAACCUUUUGCCCAUAAUUCAACCCUCAGAGUACAUCAGAGAACUCACACAGGUGUAAAAUCCUAUGAAUGUAAUGAAUGUGGGAAGACUUUCUCCCAGAAGUCACACCUUAGUGCACACCAGAGAAUUCACACAGGGGAGAAACCUUAUGAGUGUAAUGAAUGUGGGAAAGCUUUUGCACAAAAUUCAACUCUCAGAGUACACCAGAGAAUUCACACAGGAGAGAAACCCUAUGAAUGUAAUGAAUGCAGGAAAACUUUUAUUCGUAAGGCAGCUCUUAGAGUACAUCACUCCAGAAUGCACACCAGAAAGGAAACCCUUGAUGUGGUGAAUUUGGGAAGUCCUGAAGGGACUCCUACCUUAAUUGAUAACACACAGUAAAAAAGCUCAUGUCACAGACUGGCAGAUUGUUUCCCUUAAACAUUUCCUUUUCCACUAGGCACAUAGUUUGUCUAAUUUCCCAGUCUUUCAUUUGAGUGAUACUGGUCAUGGAAUAUGACAGUAUAACAUUUAAGCUAAGUCUAGCCUUCAAAAGUCACCUUACAUUCUUUCUGUCCUAUGUUAUGUUGGAAUAGAGAUAUUGCCAGGGCAGACUUGGCAUGUGUAUUAAACAUGGUAGAACACAAGGUGAAAGAAGCCAAAAUCUGAAUAACUGGGUGAAACAGUUCUCCACUAGUAGAUCUUCACAAGUUGGCUUAAAAAACUGUACUCUGUUGAGCUCUUAAAGAUUCUGUUCUGUUUGUUAAAUGCACAUAGUUUAGUUAACUCUGUUACAAUGGGACAAAACCCUAUGAAUAUCAUGUCAGAAGACCUAUAAAAUUCAGCCUGUCAUUGUACAUCAGAGACUUCACAUGAGGAAGAAAACUGUCAACAUCCUGACUGAUCAGAAGCUUUCAUUAAAAAUUAGAGAAAUCUCAGGGAAAAACACAAAAGCCUUUACUACGUAUUUAAUAGCAGGUAAUUAAGAUUUGACCAAAAUCUUAUAUUUUGAUAAAUGAUAUUUUUUAACAACUACUGAAAGUUUGCUCCAGGUAAUUUUUUUUUCCUGAGGAAAUACAUGUUUCAGAAUUGAAGAUAAAAUCUUCACCUAGAACUGAUGUACCUAAAUUUGUGGUUUAUAUGUAACAUCAAGUUUUAUAGAAAGUAUAUAAUAAAAUAUUCUAUACACGAACUCACCAUGGAAUGUAAAGUUUUAAAGAUGGAAGAAGAAUUUGAAUUCUGUGGACAAUACCAAUAAAUGUUUGUGGCUAGUCUCUGAGCUAUGUGGUACAUCUAUAUCAGUUUAUGUAACAGAAUUCAUUACUGCUGAUGAGUUCUAGUAGAAGGCAGCAGGCAAACCUGCUCUGGAACCUGUCCACUUUCCUUUUUUGAGUUACAGUUUACAUUCUGUUGGCUUCCCUCAGCUUGAUGCUGUUGAUGCUAUGACAUUUUGGCCUGCCUGCUGUCUGCCUGGUAGUGUGGCCCUGCUUUCUAGGAUAUUGGAGAUCCGUAAGAUUUCCUAAGUUUCCUUGUGUGUAUGUAUGUGUAUGUGGGUAGGUGGGCUGGAUGAUUCUUACAUGUUUUUUGGCCUUCAUUAUAUCCCACUAGUGCUUUAUUUUGUACUGUGUAAUUAUAAAGGAUAUCAUAGCUUCACUCCUCUAGUAUGCAUAUAGCCUACGCAUCUUGUGUAGGAUCUUUUUCCAACCUCAUAAUGUGUGUUCACAUUAUGCAGUGUUGCAAACCAUUGUUAUUUUUAUCCUGCUUGGACAGCAGGUUUUGGAAUUGGAAUGAAAAAGGCUACUUUCAUAUCAUAAGUACCACAUUAGUAUUAAAAAGCAGACUAACUUCUGAGGGAACGAUUUAGUGUUGUAUAGUUUUAGCCAAGAAAAUAUUGGUUAGUCUGUCAUCAUUUGAGGCUACAUGGUUUGGUCAGCACAGAGAAGAAAGUAAAUGCAGUCCUCGUUUUUUAAAAACCUGAAUCACAAAAUUUCUCUCAACUCUGGGCACGUUGCUUUCUGCAAGUGUGAUCUGGUAGAUUGAGCAUGAGGACAGUAAGUCAGUUGAUACCCUGAGUAAGUUUUCUAUUCCCAAUCCCCUGCUGAUACUAUGUGAGGGGAAAUGAUGACAUACCUUUAGUAUUAAUUGGAGAACAGGUACUUCUUUGACACUGGGUUGUUACCACUUUGCAGCAUCACUGCCAAGGAAAAGAGCCUGUACUAAGAGCUCACCAUUGGAUGAAGGCUGUAUCAUCACACCACCAGGGCUGAUACACCAGUUAUUGAAUCAGCAUUCUUUGGGACAAGGAAGUUCUAGCAGAUAAGUGCAUCUCCUCAGUCUCUGACACCUUGAUGCAACUUGAGUUUAGUGCACAGUGUUCAAAGGUAAAUGAUAGGGAAAAAAUCUUUCUGCAUUCCUGAUUUUUCAGAAAACUAUAUAUGAAAAGGAAAUUAUCAAACCUGGAGUACUGUUAAAAAAUUAACUUCAGGGGCGCCUGGGUGGCUCAGAUGGUUAAGUGUCUGCCUUCAGCUCAGGUCAUGAUCCCAGGGUCCUGGGAUCGAGUCCCACAUCGGGCUCCUGGCUCAGCAGGGAGUCUGCUUCUCCCUCUCCUACUGCUCAUGCUCUCUCUCUCUCUGUAUCUCUGUGUCUCAAGUGAAUAAAUAAAAUCUUUAAAAAAAAAUUAACUUCAGUUUAGAAUAGUUUUAGAUUUUAAUAAAAACUAACAAUACUAUAUACUUCUCACCCAGUUUCUCUUACUAACAUCUUACUCUGGUAUAUUUGUCUUAAGUAAGUAAUGACACUGAUACAUUAUUAACUAAACAUUUUUCAGAUUGCACUGGUUUUUCCCUAAUGUUUAAAAGAUUUUAUUUAUUUGAGAGUGAGUGAGUAGUAGGGAGAGGGCAAGAAUCUGAAGCAGGCUCUGCACUGAGUGCAGAUCCUGACACAGGGCCCAAUCCCACAGCUGCAAGAUCAUGACCUGAGCCAAAACCAAGAGUUGGAUGCUUAACCGACUGAGCCACCCAGUCACCCCUUUCCCUAAUAUUUUUAUAUUUCGAGAUCCUAUUUUUAUAUUCCAAGAUCCCAUCCAGGACACCACAUUACAUUUAAUGGGUCUGUGACAAUUUCAUAGACCUUCCAUGUUUCAGUUUCCUUGACAGUUUUGAGGAGUACUUGUCAAGUAUUUUAUAGAAUACCCCUCAAUUUAGGUUUCUCAUGUCUUUUUUUUAAAAAAUGAUUGCAAUGGCAUUACAGGUCUGUUUUGUUCUGUGUUUUGUGUUGUUUUGUAGGAAGACCACAGAAAUAAAAUGCUAUUCUCAUCAUAGUAUAUGCUGUCAACGUGAGUAAUCACUGACAGUGCUAAGCUUGAUCACCUGGUUUAGUGUAUCCCUCAAAAGCAUGGAUAGGGGAGCACUGUGCUACUUGGUAAAAAUUUAUGUUUAGUUUAUCACAGUGUACAUAAUCUAAGAAUCUUUUUUUUUUAAAAGAUUUUACUUAUUUGACAGAGACACAGCGAGAGAGGGAACACAAGCAGGGGGAGUGGGAGAGGGAGAGGCAGGCUUCCCGUGGAGCAGGGAGCCUGAUGUGGGGCUUGAUCCCAGGACCCUGGGAUCAUGACCUGAGCCGAAGGCAGACGCUUAACGACUGAGCCACCCAGGCGCCCCUAAGAAUCCUUUUUUAUAUAUUUCUGAAUUUAAUGUUGGAAACAGUAUAAAUGCAGAUAGAUUAAAAAUUAUAACACCCAGAAUUUAAAAACUUCACACUGAUCCAGCUCAUAGUCCAAAAUUUUUGUUUUUAGUGUUUGUUGGAAUGUUAAUGAGUCAUUGCCCUUUGCCCCCAAGGAUUUAGCUUCAGAAUUUUAUCUUCAUACUUUAUCAUCAUAGUCGUACCCAAUUCUUAUAUUUUAUUUAAUUCAUAGAGUUUGGACUUUGAGUAAUAAAAGGACUGAAAGAAACUUUGUAUUUCAGGAGCUAAUCAACCCAGAUCAUUAUAUUAACCCAGAUAACAAUAGGAGAUAUGAAGAAUGACCAAUCAUCAUAACUAAAAUCUAUGAUAAUAGGAGAAAUAAGUGAAACUUAGAAAGGUGGAAUAUUAAAAAGCUAAAUGUUUGUAUAGGGUUUUUUAAAAGCAUGAAUAAAUUGGAUGGUACUAGUCAAGAUUUAAAAGGAAUGGGUAUGUUAUCAUUAGAAAGCUAAGUUUAGACAUACAGGCUAAACCCAUAGAUAGAUGACAUACAUAAAGAUGUAGGAGCAGAUGGUCACUCCUAGGUAAUAGCUUAAUAGCUAAACUAUGAAAGGAUUAUUGGGAAGCAAGAGGUACUAGGGAAGCAAGAACACAUGGGCGUGUUACUGCACACAUACAAAUCAUGUCAGACAUAAAUGCGAGUGAAAAUCUAAGGGGAACUCAUAAAAGCAACACUUCUGGGAGAGAACUGUAUUGAUUGGAGUACAUAUGGAAAAUAGUUUUGUUGAUAAACUUGUUCUCAAAACAGUGUAUGGCAUACACCUCUGAUAGAAGAUGAUAAUGCAACAGCACAGAUAGCAUGUAAUCAUGUCCCUAUUGAAAUAACAGGAAUAAGAUACUUGUUAGACUACUCAGGAAACCAGAGAAGAUUGUUGAUGACCAGAGUGCAGUAAAUCCAAGAGAAAUAGAUCAGAAACCAGCACGCACAGUGAAAAAGUCAUUAGCACAGAAAUAAGGGAACAAGAGACCAUUGAAUAAACUGAAUAUGGAAAAAGAGCUACAUGCCGUAUGGAGACACAACUCAAGAGAAAGAAAAAAAAAUUACAUAUUGAGAAAUGGACACAAUGCCUAAAACUACAGAACUGUCACAUUGCCAGAAAAUGUGGUGUACUAACUUGACUUAAACAGGAUUAAAUUGCUAAAGAAGAUUCAUAGGACCCAAAAUGACAAUGCUGACAUGUGUACAAUUUAUUAGGGGAAAAGGGUGCAAUAUCAUUAAAGUAAGGAUUUGCAUACAGCCAAAGCCUGCUUCAUACCAUGGGGUUUGGAUAAGAGCCAGGCAUGAGCUCCCAUUUUCCUCUGUUACAUGAACAUAGUUUCACUGUCAGAUAAGAACCACUAUGCACAGAAUCACUCAGAAGCCCAAAAUGGAUUUACUGUUGGGAUUUCUCAUACCCUGCCAGAUAUGUGGGCAUAUUUUUACUAUGUAACCAGCCCCAACAGCAGAGGACUCUAAAGGUUUCAGUAAAAACAGGUGUAAGUUAUCAAUCACACUGUUAUUAAUAAACACUGUUGAUAAGCUGUUAACACCUGCCCCCAAACAUCCUGGACUGCUGGUUAUAAAGAAAUACUAUUAAUAUAUUUCAUUCCUUAACCAACAGAUAAUGAUGUGCAGAUACUUUAGCUCAAGCCUAUGCCAGGUCUGAAGGACUUAACCCUCAUAGCAAAGUCCACCCCCCCUCCCCGAUUUUGGGUUAAAGCAUUUUAUAACAACAACAAAAUUCACUCUUAGUUUGACAGCAGUCCUGUCCGACACGUGUCUUUCAACAGCAUAUAUUCAAAUAGACAAUCAAAAUGCAUACACAUAUUUCAAAGAAUUGUAAUAACGAGUGAGGAAUUAUAUCAUUUAAACUAUCCUAUAAUGCAGCACAAAUGGUCUCAUAUUUUUAUAUUUUUGCUUUUUGUUUUUGCCUACCUAAUCUGUACAUUAUGGUAUACAUCUUUUGAAUAAUUAAGAACGCUAGUCAAUCUGUCAUCAUUUAAGUCUUUACGCCAAUUCUAUUUCACAGACUUAGUAUUCUGUGAAAUGAAAACCAGAAGAGACAGCCACAUUAGUAUUAUUCCAAAUAGUUAUAGUCUGAGCUCUGAUCUCUUCAUUGAUUAGGAGGACAUAAAAUAAUCCUGGAAGUAUGUUUAUUAAGUUGGCCAUUGUACAGCUGCCUCAUUUCUUUAAAAGUGGAGGAAUUUUGGCAGUCUUUUGCCCAAAGGGACAUCUGAGUCUAAGCUAAAAGACCAUAUUAUUCACUUGUUCUAAACCUCUCAAAAGGCACCAGAGUUAUCUUAGAUUUUCCCCCUAUGUAACAUCCAAAUUUUGGCUCUUCUCCACUCAGCAACAAUCUCACAUUGCCCUCAUUUGCCAUUAUUUUUUUUUUUGAUGAUAUGUUAGUCAUCAUACAGUACAUCAUUAGUUUUUGAUGUAGUGUUUCAUGAUUCAUUGUUUGCUUAUAACACCCAGUGUUCCAUGCAACACGUACCCUCCUUAAUACCCAUCACCGGGCUACCCAUCCCCCCACCCCCCUCCCCUCUAAAACCCUCAGUUGGUUUCUUGGAGUCCAUAGACUCUCGUAGUUUGUCUCUCCCUCCGAUUUCCCCCCCUUCAUUUUUCCCUUCCUUCCUCUAAUGUCCUCCAUGCUAUUCCUUAUGUUUCAUAAAUAAGUGAAACCAUAUGAUAAUUGACUUUCUCUGCUUGAUUUAUUUCACUUAGCAUAAUCUCCUCCAGUCCCAUCCGUGUUGAUGUAAAAGUUGGGUAUUCAUCCUUUCUGAUGGCUGAGUAAUAUUCCAUUGUAUAUAUGGACCACAUCUUCUUUAUCCAUUCAUCUGUUGAAGGGCAUCUCGGCUCUUUCCACAGUUUGGCUAUUGUGGACAUUGCUGCUAUGAACAUUGGGGUGCAUAUGGCCCUUCUUUUCACUACAUCUGUGUCUUUGGGGUAAACACCCAGUAGUGCAAUUGCUGGGUCAUAGGGUAGCUCUAUUUUUAAUUUUUUGAGGCACCUCCACACUGUUUUCCAAAGUGGCUGUACCAACUUGCAUUCCCACCAACAGUGUAAGAGGGUUCCCCUUUCUCCACAUCCUCUCCAAUAUUUGUUGUUCCCUGUCUUGUUAUUUUUUGCUGUUCUAACUGGUGUAAGGUAGUAUUUCCUUGUGGUUUUGAUUUGAAUUUCCCUGAUGGCUAAUGAUGAUGAACAUUUCAUGUGUCUGAGAGCCAUUUGUAUGUCUUCUUUUGAGAAGUAUCUGUUCAUGUUUUCUGCCCAUUUUUUGACUUGAUUAUUUGUUUUUUGGGUGUUGAGUUUGAGACGUUCUUUAUAGAUCUUGGAUAUCAGCCCUUUGUAGUAUCAUUUGCAAAUAUCUUCUCCCAUUCUGUGGGUUGCCUCUUUGUUUGUUGACUGUUUCCUUUGCUGUGCAGAAGCUUUUUAUCUUGAUAAAGUCCCAAAAGUUCAUUUUUGCUUAUAUUUCCCUUGCCUUUGGAGACGUGUCUUGAAAGAAGUUGCUAUGGCCAGUGUCGAAGAGGUUACUGUCUAUGUUCUCCUCUAGGAUUUUGAUGGAUUCCUGUCUCACAUUGAGGUCUUUCGUCCAUUUUGACUUUGUCUUUGUGUAUGCUGUAAGAGAAUGGUUGAGUUUCAUUCUUCUGCAUGUGGCUGUCCAAUUUUUCCAGCACAUUUUUUGAAGAGACUGUCUUUUUUCCAUUGCAUAUUUUUUCCUGCUUUGUCGAAGAUUAUUUGACCAUAGAGUUGAGAGUCCAUAUCUGGGCUCUCUAUUCUGUUCCAUUGGCUAUGUGUCUGUUUUUGUGCCAGUACCAUGCUGUCUUGGUGAUCACAGCUUUGUAAUAUAGCUUGAAAUCAGGCAACGUGAUGCCCCCAGCUUUGUUUUGUUUUGUUUUGUUUUUUUCAACAUUUCCUUGGUGACACAGGGUCUUCUCUCAUUCCAUACAAAUUUUAGGAUUGUUUGUUCCAGCACUUUGAAAAAUGUCAUUGGUAUUUUGAUUGGAAUGGCAUUGAAGGUAUAGAUUGCUUGCAGCAUAGACAUUUUAACAGUGUUUAUUCUUCUGAUCCAUGAGCAUGGAAUGUUUUUCCAUCUUUUUCUGUCUUCUUCAAUUUCUUUCAUGAGUGUUCUGUGAUUCCUAGAGUAUAGAUCCUUUCUCUCUUUGGUUAGGUUUAUUCCAAGGUAUCUUACAGUUUUUGGUGCUGUUGUAAAUGGAAUUGAUUCUCUAAUUUCUCUUUCUACAGUUACAUUGUUAGUAUAUAAGAAAGCAACUGAUUUCUGUGCAUUGAUUUUGUAUCCUGCCACAUUACUGAAUUGCUGUAUGAGUUCUAGUAAUUUGGGGGUGGAGUCUUUUGGGUUUUCACAUAAAGUAUGUCAUCUGUUAAGAGAGAUAGUUUGACUUCUUUGCCAAUUUGAAUACCUUUUAUUUCUUUUGUGUGUGUGAUUGCUGAGGCUAGGACUUCUAGUACUAUGUUGAACAAUAGUGGCAAGAGUGGGCAUCCUUGUCAUGUUUCUGAUCUUAAGGGAAAGGCUCUCAGGCUUUCCCCAUUGAGGAUGAUAUUCGCUGUGGGUUUUUCAUAGAUGGAUUUUUAUGAAAUUGAAGAAUGUUCCCUCUAUCCCUAUACUCUGAAGAGUUUUAAUCAGGAAAGGAUGCUGUACUUUGUCAAAUGCUUUUUCUGCAUCAAUUGAGAGGACCAUAUGGUUCUUCUCUCUCCUCUUAAUGUGUUCUAUCACAUUGAUUGAUUUGUGAAUGUUGAACCACCCUUGCAUCCCAGGGAUAAAUCCCACUUGGUCAUGGUGGGUGAUCUGUUUAAUGUAUUGUUGGAUCCUGUUAGCUAGAAUUUUGUUGAGGAUUUUGGAAUCCAUAUUCCUCAGGGAUAUCAGUCUGAAAUUCUCCUUUUUGAUGGAGUCUUUGCCUGGUUUGGGGAUUAACGUAAUGCUGGCCUCAUAGAAUGACUCUGGAAGCUUUCCUUCUGUUUCUAUUUUUUGAAACAGCUUCAGGAGAAUAGGUAUUAUUUCUUCUUUGAAUGUUUGGUAGAAUUCCCCAGGGAAUCCAUCAGGCCCUGGACUCUGGUUUUUGGGGAGGUUUUUGAUCACUGCUUCAAUCUCGUUACUGGUUAUUGGCCUAGUCAGGUUGUCAAUUUCUUCCUUUCUCAGUCUUGGCAGUUUAUAGUUUUCCAGGAAGGCCUCCAUUUCAUCCAGAUUGCUCAGUUUAUUGGCAUACAGUUGUUGAUAAUAAUUUCUAAUAAUUGUUUCUAUUUCCUUGGUGUUAGUCAUGAUCUCUCCCCUUUCAUUCAUAAUUUUAUUAAUUUGGGUCCUUUCUCUUUUCUUUUGGAUAAGUCUGGCCAGUGGUUUAUUGAUCUUAUUGAUUCUUUCAACGAACCAGCUUCUAGUUUCGCUGAUCUGAUCUACUGUGUUUCUGGUUUCUAAUUCCUUGAUCUCUGCUUUAACCUUAAUUAUUUCUCUUCUAAUGAGUGGCUUAGGCAUCGUUUGUUGCUUUUUCUCUAGUUCUUUAACGUAUAGAGUUAGUUGGUGUAUUCGGGAUUUUUCUAUUUUUUUGAGU